AUGGCGAUGAUGAUGACCGGCCGUGUGCUGCUGGUGUGUGUCCUCUGCGUGCUGUGGUGCGUUGCCGGCGGUGUUUAUGCGAGGGACGUUGACACCAACGCACUGGGUGGCUGCAUGGCGUCGGGAGUGUUGGGUGAGAAUGGAUCCCACAUGCCUGACGGAUAUAAUAAAACUGCGAUUACGGUGCUUUUGCGGUCAGUACUGCCCAUUACUGCCGUCGAAGCCUCGGCUGAAAAAGAUAAUGCUCUUGUAAUGCAGAACAUUUCGAAUUCAAGUGGGACUUUCAACGCUGGUGCUUCUACUGCUGGUGAUUCUGUUCCUGGUUCUGACUCUCCUGCUGGAGGUUUUGGUGCCGAGACUCCUGCUUCUGCUGCUGGUGGAGGCGGUGGAGGCAGUUCUGGUGGCGGAGGCGGUGGAGGAGGUGGUGAUUCUUCCACUGGAGUUCAAGGCACCGACAGCGUUCCUUCUGUUCCUGUUCCAGGGGCUACUGGUGUUGAUUCUUCAGCUAGCAGCAGUGGUGGUACAGCGGGGUCACCAGGCACUAAUUCAUCUAACACAACAGGGGACUCUUCAACAGGAGAUCAGACGCCUGCUGCAGAGGCUAACGACUCCUCGCUACCCGAAGGACCGGCAGGGACGACAUCCGGCACUGAACACACACGACAAGAAAAAGAAGAAGAGGGAGAAGAAGAAGAAGAUCAUGAAAAGCAGCAGCAAAGUGAUGAAACACAAGUCCAACAGCAACAACAGCAUGAACACCCCGCGGAAAACGGCGAGGAAUCCGCGAAAGAUAAAAACGCCCUUCGUACAAAUGCCACCGCAAAUACAGGCGACAGUGACAGCAGCACCGCGGUCUCCCACACCACCUCCCCUCUUUUGCUUCUUCUUGUUGUUGUGUGUGCGGCUGCUGCUGCGGUGGUGGCCGCGUGA